UACACAGUCAUUAGCAUAUCUGCUACCACUUUGUCACAUCAUCGUAUCAUAAUAUAGUAUGAGUUGAGACAAAUCAACAUUGCAAUACUUUAUCAUAAAUAAACAUUUGUAUACAAUAAAUAUAAUUCAACUAAAACAUUUUAAGUUACAUUAAAUUUUCAACUGAUGGUCAGCUAAUUUGACAUUUUUUAAAAUUAAUUAAUUGGUGAAUAAACUGAUGUAACUGCUUGUAUAAUUAUAUUUUAUUCCGUGUUGCUACUACUAUAAACUCAAAACUUCCACCUGUCAAAAUAUAAUGUGACCUUUGUAUAUACGUACUUGAAUAUUUUCGAAUUUUAAAUUCAUGACAAUCCAUUAAUUACUCAUAUAUAAUGUAUACAUGCAUACGUAGAUCUAUACAGUUGGGUUCCAAUAAGUCACGUUUAUUGCUAAAUCAAUAUAAAUAUAUAUAAAUAUACAUAUAAUAUACUUUGCUCACUCACUCAUUCUCUCACUAGCUUGUUUCAUAAUUUGAUCUAUAGUGAAAGAGAGAGGGAUCGAGAGAGAGAUGAAGAAGAUAUGGGAGGGAAUGCAUGAGGUGAAGCCAGCUCUAUUGAUGAUGGUUGCUCAGAUUGCGUAUGCUGGAGUUAAUGUGCUCUACAAAUUGGCUGCCAACGAUGGAAUGAGCUUGAAAGUCAUUGUAGCUUAUCGCUUUCUUUUCGCCACUGUCUUCAUUUUUCCACUUGCUUUCUUCAUUGAAAGGAAAAUAAGGCCAAAGCUGACUUGGAAGAUUCUUUUUCAGGCAUUUUUUUGUGGGUUGUUUGGGGGAUCAUUGGUACAAAAUUUAUACAUUCAAAGUUUAAAUGUAACAUCAGCAACGUUCGCUUCUGCCAUGAGCAAUCUCAUUCCUGCUAUAACUUUUAUUUUAGCUGUCUCUUUCAGAUUAGAGAAGCUGAACUUGGGAAGCUCAUCAGGGAAGGCUAAGGUGUUGGGAACAUUAGUUGGAAUAGGGGGAGCAAUGCUUCUAACUUUGUACAAAGGAGUGGAAAUCAAUAUUUGGUCAACGCACGUUAACUUUCUUAACCAUGGUCAACAUAAUCUGAACCACGUGGUAUCAACGAAUGAGUAUGGUAAUCGUGUUUUAGGGUGCUUUUUUUCUGUGGCCAGUAGUACGUGCUACUCUAUAUGGCUCAUAAUUCAGACUAAAAUGAGCAAGGACUAUCCUUGUUUUUAUUCAAGUACAGCUCUCAUGUCAUUAAUGGCAUUAUUACAAACAGUAAUUUAUGCAUUGUGUACAGAGAGAGAUUUGAACCAUUGGAAACUAGGUUGGAAUAUUAGGCUACUCACUGCCACUUACUCGGGCACUGUAGCUUCAGGACUAAUGGUGACACUGAUUUCUUGGUGUGUGAGCUUAAGAGGUCCAGUCUUCGUCUCUAUUUUCAAUCCUCUUCUUCUUGUCCUAGUAGCUAUGGCUGGGUCUCUUAUCCUCGAUGAGAAGUUACACCUAGGGAGUGUAUUAGGAGGAGUUCUGAUCGUGUGUGGAUUAUAUUUGGUGCUAUGGGGAAUACGAAAAGAGAUGAAGAAGCUUAAACUUGCACCAACCUCAAAUACCUUUGGUGAUCAAUCGGCAUCGAUCGACAUUGUUGUACUUGCCCCAACUACUAAUAUCCCAACAAAUUCAUAAUUAGUGACACCAUCAGUAGCAGCACAACAGCAGAGGCCCCUAAUUAAUGAUUUGUCAUAUGAGAAUAAUUCACAAACCGAAUCAAAAUAAAAUUCACAAGUUAUUUUGGUCCAUAUAUAUAUAUAUAUGAAACUUAUAAUCAAAAUCAUAAUAGCAUUUUCAAUGAUGAAGGGGUAAGCUAAAUUUGUGUGGCAUGAUCAUAUGUUAAUAAUUUUGUAAUAAAAAACUAGGCUUCUUCAAUGGUGUGAUGAAACAGAGCCUACGGUAAUUGGUUCAUAUAUUCAUGACAAUGCAGACAAUGCCACACAAAAAUUCUAACUCCA